AUGAUAAGAGCAAGAAAAGUCGAUCAUGGAGUUUCACAAAUCACAGUGAAAACAUCCAAUAAAAAACUGAAAGAUGCUAGGCUUACUCUUCACGUUUUCAUUCUUGUGAUAUUCUGUUUCAUUGCAUUUUUCUUCUACAUUGGUGAAUACAUUCUGGCAUAUGAUGAGGACAAUACCCGAGUCCGUGCGUUCCGUCUCUACUACCCUACUGUAUCGGGGAAUUUAUCUUUUAUCAAUCCAAUAAUGUUACUGACUCUGAAUAAAGAUGUUCAGAAUGCGUUUUGCUGUAAAUUGAAGAGACCACCAACAACACUAUCACUGAUCGCAAGAAACGGGGCGAAAUCUACGACGGGGUGA